AUGGCGCCUGCAGUGAGGACGGAAAGUUUUGCGGAGGAAACUCCGCUCGAACCUGCGAACCCGAUCGGACCUUCACUGUUGGAUGGACGUCGGAAUGGCCGUUGUCGCAAGCGCUUGUUGCACCUUCUGGAUAAUAUUUUUUCGUUGGUCGUGAUUUCUCCACUGGUGGUGGCACAUUGGCGCGGCACUUGGGGUUGGAUGGAUUUGAAUGGACCGCACUUUCCAGCCUGGUUGUGCUUUGUGCUAGGAGCCACUCUGCACACUACCUUCGCUUUUCUGCGUGAACCACUGAAUACCGCGCUGGCAUUGGGACGUGAUGCUCCGAAAAGUCGAUGGCGUUCCAUCCAGCAGUGGUUAAUCAAUCGGAUGUACACGUACGCGUUCAGUAUGGGAUGCCUAAUGCAUUGGCGCGGUGGCUGGAUGGUUAUGGAAUCGUACUUCGCACUUCACCUUCUUCCGGCCCUUUCGGUGUCCGCGAUCUGCCUCGUAGGGCUCGUGCUGUCAAAAUCGGUCCGAAACCUGCUAGCACCACCAUUCAUCAUCCUCACCGAUCGCAAGGAGGCAAUGUUUAGCUUUCCGACGCGCUUCAGGAUGAAGGUAAAUAUUUUGAACAAUAUUUAUGCGGCACUUAUAAUAAGCCCGCUUGUGAUAUGCUACUGGCGGGGAAUCUGGAAUCUUAUGGAUAAGCUGCUCUUUCCUGAAGAUGAAGUGUUGCGGAUGAUCACGCUGAUAGGGUUCGGUAACGGAGGGCACCUGUUGUUUUUGCUGCUGCAGACAAAGCUGCAACGUUGGUUCGACGUUGACAAGCAUCCGGUGGUGUUCUAUAUCAGUUCGCGAGUCUAUACAUUCAUUUACGGUGCGGUAUGCGUCAGCACCUGGCGUGGCGGUUGGAUAUUGAUUGAUCGUUACUCGCCUCCAAGCCUGAUGUUCUUCAUCGAAGCAUCAUUAGUGGCCCUGCUACUUUUGGGCUCGUUACGAAGCUUUUGUAACGUUGCUGGAGCACCAUUCAUCAAUGAUUUACCAGACGGAUAUUUUGCCAUUCCAACGUACUUCAAAUCGAAGUCUCACCACAUACGCGAACGGCCAGGUUCAGGAGUUCCGGUCAAGGCGUCGAGUCCCAUCCGAUCCGAGACCUCGCGGUUUGGAAUAAACGAUACGGACGUAGCAUCUAACACGGCGGAGAAUCAUCUGCUUUGGUCGCAGGGUCACUGUUCAGCGGACGUCUCCGGUGUUAAGGCAUUGAAAGUGCGUGUUGGGCGAUAG